ACAUUACUUCUAGUGUUUUGACGUCGUUGCACCAAGCACAACGUAAUGUGAUUGGCUACCGGAUAUAUGAUUCACAAUGUGAUUGGCUACGAAGAUGUGCCGAAGCCAAACUUUCAACAUUGUAAAAGAAAAUAAUAACCUAGAAAGUAGCAGCAUUUCUCUAUACGUUAUCUGCAUAGCAGGGCACGUGUAAAAAGUAUGGUUGAUAUUUCAUCAUGCCUUCAUAAAUUUUCAUAUUGUUCUAUUUUGACGUCAAGGGUUAAUGAAUCAGCCAAUGGGAAAGCAGUAUUUACACUGCAAGCUGAUACGCAAAACAUAGUCUGUUGUUUUUGACAUUGAGAUAUCGCAAAAAGCCGAUCUUAAAAUUUCAGCUCAACUAAGAAAUACUAAUUUUAGAGUAUCAAUCACAUAAUUGAAUUGGACCGCGUCGCCGAUUCUGACUCAACGACAAGGUGAAUAUUGUUGGUGACAGACAUGCCAAGAGAAUUAGCCACUUGUGGGAAUUCAGGRAAUGACUAUUCUUUAUCUGAAGAAUAUCGCAAGGCGAUUGAGUACUAUGAAAAGAAACUGAGCAUAGCUAAAGCCGAAGAGAACAAACGAGGAGAAGGAGCUACUUAUGGAAAUUUAGGGAGUGUCUAUCGUUCAUCAGGACAAAAUCACAAGGCGAUUGAAUACUUCGAAAAGAGCCUAAGUGUUGCUAAAGAGAUUUGCCACAGAAAAGCAGAAAGAGUUACUUAUGAAAAUUUAGGGCUUUCCUAUAAUUCUGUAGGACAAUAUAACAAGGCGAUUGAAUACCAUGAAAAGAGCCUAAGCAUUGCUAAAGAGAUUGGYGAYAGACAAGGAGAAGGAGAUGCUUAUGGAAAYAUAGGGAAUGUCUAUCGAUCAUUAGGAGAAUAUCACAAGGCGAUUGGAUACUAUGAAAAGAGCCAAAGCAUUGCUAAAGAGAUUGGUGACAGACAAGGAGAAGGAUAUGCUUAUGGAAAUUUAGGGAAUGCCUACAAUUCAUUAGGAGAAUAUCGCAAGKCRGUUGGCUACUAUGAAAAAAUCCURAACAUUUCUAAAGAGAUUGGUGACAAACAGGGAGAAGGAGCYACUUAUGGGAAUUUAGGGAAUGCUUAUAGAUCAUUAGGAGAAUAUCACAAGGCGAUUGAAUAUCACGAAAAGAGACUGGAAAUUGAUAACAAUAUCGGWAACAUUCAAGGAAAAGUAAUUUCUUAUGGAAAUUUAGGAAUUGCCUACCAUUCAUUAGGAGAAUAUUCCAAGGCCAUUAAAUAUCAUGAAAAGAGCCUAAGACUUUCUAAAGACAUUGGUGACAGAAAAGGAGAAGGAGAUGCUUAUGGAAAUUUGGGGAUAGCCUUUAAUGCAUUAGGUGAAUAUCGAAAGUCGAUUGAAUAUCAUGAAAAGAGACUGAGGAUUGCUAAAGAUAUUGGUGACAAACAAGGAGAAGGAAAUGCUUAUGGAAAUUUAGGAAAUGCCUGGCGAUCAUUAGGAGAGAUUCACAAGGCUAGUGAAUAUCAUGAAAAGAGUCUGMAUAUUGCUAAAGGGAUUGGUGACAGACAAGGAGAAGGAAAUGUUUAUGGAAUUUUAGGGAAUGCCUAUCAAUUAUCAGGGGAAUAUCGCAAGGCGAUUGAGUAUCAUGAAAAGAGAAUGAAGAUUGCUAGAGAGAUUGGUGACAGAAAAGGAGAGGGAGGUAGCUAUGGAAAUUUAGGAAAAGCCUAUCUUUCAUUAGGAGAAUACCACAAGGCGAUUGAWAAUCUUGAAAAGAGUCUAAAAAUUGCUAAAGAGAUCGGAGACAGACAAGGAGAAAGAGCUACUURUGGAAAUUUAGGGAAUGCGUAUCAAUCAUUUGGAGAAUAUCGCAAGGCGAUUGAAUACCACGAAAUCAGCCUUAGCAUUGCUAAGGACAUUGGUGACARACAAGGAGAAGGAGCUACUUAUGCAAAUUUAGGGAUUUCCUAUAAAUCAUUAGGAGAAUAUCACAAGACGAUUGAAUAUCAAGAAAAGAGCCUAAGCACUGCUAAAGAGAUUGGUGACAAAGAAGCAGAAGGAGCUGCUUACGGAAAUUUAGGGAAUUCCUAUGGAAUAUUAGGAGAAUAUUACAAGGCAAUUGAGCAUUUUGAAAAGACACUGAGUAUUGCUAAAGAGAUUGGAGACAGACAAGGAGAAGGAGUUGCUCAUGGAAAUUUAGGAAGUGCCUAUCGAUUAUUAGGUGAACAUCACAAGGCAAGUGCAUGUUAUGAUGAAAGCCUGAAAAUUGCUAAUGAGAUUGGAAACAGACAGCUGGAAGCAAAGUCCUAUCACAAUAUCGGUGUUCUGUACAAGGAAGACAAUARCAUUAAAGACCUCGGCAAGUCAAAAGAAUACCUAAWGAAGAGCAUACAAUGUUACGAGAAAUUGUUUGUUGAUCUCAAAGAUAAAGACCAAUUCAAAGUUUCCAUUGUUGAUACAUUCAUCACAGCCUACAAGGUGCUCAGCAGGGUCCACAUUAAAACUGGACAAAUCGAAGAAGCGCUMAUGGUAUGYGAACGCGGACGAGCACGUGCUCUGAGAGAUCUCUUGUUCCUUAAAUACCACACAACUGAGAAAACAGAAUCAAAAGAACUGGAAYUUGCAGAUGUCMAAACAAUUUUAACKCAUCACGAAGGCUGUAUUCUUUUUUACAAUCUUCAUGAUAACAAGGUAACAUAUGAUUKCUGGAUCAUMUCAWCCCAAACUCCAUCAACCUUCUAUUAURAUGAAAUAGACAACAUUGAAGCUUUGGCAACAAUGGUGUCGAGUCUGUCUGAARUUGACAAAACAAACAUGAAGAAAGGAUAUUUUCAAUAUCUCGUUGACAACAGUUUUCGUCAGCUGCGUCUUAGAGAAGGAAYGAAAUKSGAUGACCAAUCGAUAAACUUACUGARCUUACUAGAACAUGAAAACGGGGAGCCAGCAGGCGCUACAAUGUCUUCAAAGCUCAGUGAAACUGCCCUAACAGUUUUUCGACAGGUUGACAGAUGGUGCGCUUCCACGGACGAUGAAGACGAARUCGARCCUCUAGACGUGCUCUCCCAUAGACUUCUUCCUCCAGUAAUUAACCAUCUGACCCACGACGAGGUGAUCAUCAUCSCUGACGGUCCUCUGUUCAUGGUGCCAUUUGCUGCUCUUCGAGAUCCAGAGACUGGCAAAUAUCUGUCGGAAACUAAACGCAUUCGCCUGGCYCCUUCCCUGACGACGCUGAAAAUUCUACAAGAAUCCUCAGACGAAAACUAUGCUAAGUCAGGGGCGCUGAUCAUUGGAAACCCAACAAGUGAUUUACCUGGUGCAGAGAAAGAAGCUGUCGAGAUUGGUAACCUCCUCGGUGUUCAACCAUUGAUAGGAAAACAAGCAACAAAAGAAGUAAUUUUGGAAAAACUAAAGCAAGGCGUGUCCGUGAUCCACUUUGCUGCACACGGCAGCAAGGAAAAAGGCCAGAUCUUACUGGCUCCUUCUAACCCUUCGACGAAUUCGUGUCCAGCAGAUGACAAGGGCAGCAUCUUGACCAUGAAGGAAGCACAGGAGAGCGGAAUUCGUGCUCAACUGGUUGUUUUGAGCUGUUGUCACACCGGUAAAGGUGACAUCAGGUCUGAAGGAGUGGUUGGAAUUGCUCGCGCMUUUCUUGCGGCUGGAGCACGUGCCGUUGUAGCCUCCCUUUGGGCMAUUGACGACACAGCCACAAAUGACUUCAUGAUGAAAUUCUACUCUCAUCUCAAGAAUGGAGAGAGUGCAAGUGCGAGUCUGCAGCAAGCAAUGAAGGAAAUGARAGAAAUAGAGAGAUAUGAGGAGCCAAAGUACUGGGSGGCCUUCUUUCUUAUUGGAGACGAUGUAGCCAUCACAGUGUAAUAGAACAUCAACGAUGAAUUGUUGAUCGAACAUUUUUAAAAAAUUUAUUAGCUUAGCCUACUUUGAGAUUCAAUUCUCUUAGAUAUAAAAUGUACCUUGACGAGUGCAAACACAAAAAGCGUGAAAACGAUAUAGCGCAAUAUAAUGUAGAUUAUUYAAUGGGACACAAUUCAGUAACAUUUAGCAUUUUUUAGAUAGAACGAAAAUCACAUAACUUUACUUUGACGCACUUAUUAUAAUGAUGUAUGUUGACAAAUUAGAAUUUUCGCGAUGGUAAGAAGUGGCGAUUUUUCUCCCACUCGGUAUAAGUCCUCAAAGAAAUUCAUACAAUAAUCAAAAUUUAACGAAACUUGUCGUGAAGAUAGUGUCAAGGUAGACAMGUUUUAUUUGCGCUACUGUUUUUAUUUUGGUUGAAAAGAUGACGUCAUAAUCAAUGUCCAAAUAUGGCAAUAAUUUUUAGAGUUUUGAUUUUGGUUUCAAAAUCUAUCUGGUUAUCUUCUUCAAUGUAAACGAUGCACUUCGGUGAAAAUUUCAUCCAAAUGCGUUUAAUGGUUCAAAAGUUGUUGAGAAUUAAAUAAAUUUGAGUUUCCCGACAAAGACAUCACAACAGCUUAAAACCAAUUGGUGAUGGCCCAGAGGAAAUACAACUUUAAUGAUUAUUAUUGCCAAAGCGUUUUGCAUUUAGAUUGAAAUCCGACAAAAUGACAUCGGUCAAAACGGUACUUAUUCAGUCUUUUCAUUCUGGUUUUAGAUGACUUUAGAAAAACUAACUAACUUAGAAGUAUUAUGCCAACCACCUAAGUUCUAACCAGUGAUAGAAUUGACAUAAGUUACUUUGCCGAAUUAGCUUGACUGGCUUCAAAGUCUUGUGCACACCGCCCUGCCUCCUACUUUCAGAGCGCACUCUUAUGAGUAAAUUGACAGGUACACCACCUGGAUUACUUCGUCCCAUUCCCCACGCGACAAGAAAAUGACACAUCRUGCCCCUAACUAUGCUGCAUGGUAAAUGUUUCGAAAGAAGGAAACCGCUCUACAACCGUAAGUAACCGUAAGUGCACGGAAUUAAAUCAUGCAGGAUUUUAUUGUGUUGGCAAUUCUUCCAAGGAAUCCUUGCUUAGCAAGCCAGUAACACUUACCCUUGUUCAACCCAAACCUUUACAGCUUUUUUAGCUUUUUUAUAUUAAAAUAAUCCAAUUUCUUUACACCAAAUAUUAUUUGAAUGUAAGGCAUUUACUAUGUAGGUGCUGAUUGUCACUCAGCUGUUUUUCUAUAUCUAAAAAAAUCUUAUGAAAUAACACUUGGACAAGGCUUAAGAAGAAAUACUUUAUUUUAAAAAUCUUAUGAAAUAACACUUGGACAAGGCUUAAGAAGAAAUACUUUAUUUCUUAAAGUAUACUCUCUCAAAAAUAUGUGAAUAAAAGUGAAUAAAAGGUCUGAUCUCGUAAAA